AUGAAUGUCCUGUUCUUUGCAACUGCACUCUUUCCUCUCUCUCUCUCUCUCUCUUCUGUGAAGAAUUAUUCUGCUCUGUUUGUCUCGCCGUCAAUUGCUUCACUAGAUCUUGACCGCAAACAAUUUGAAAUGUCAAUAAUCAGAGUUGACAGCGAUGAAAAACUGGCGAGAAGUGAUUCUCCAGUGUUGAUGGAUUAUAAGCAAAAAGGUUUGGUCUCGGAAUUGAUCGGUUGUUCUUGGGUUUCUCUGACCCCAGCAGAGCCGAUCUGCACAGAAUGGCAAGAUAAUCGGGGGUUUCAUACUGAUGGGCAAAAAUCAGAAAAAAUCUUGCAAGUAAAUCAGAUAGGCCAGGAGGAGAUUGAUCUGACAAGAGUAUCAAAGGGGUUCCCGCUAGAAAAUCCAGCUGCAUGUUGGAAUUCGGCAAAUGCUCUAAACAUAUAUGGAAGUUUCAACACUCGGGAAGCAGACAUAGCCGCAAAAUCCCGAGUUAAUGGUGAUGAUUUGUGCAGGAACAGUUUUUCUGUAAAUGAAGACGACAUGUGGAGCAGGGUGUCUUUUGGAGAACUCUUGGCUCUAGCAGAUGCAGCUGGCGCCAAUGCAAGUGCACAGACUGCUUUUAAUGCUACAAGCAGCUCUUUCGUGCCGAAUUUACAAAAUUCAAUUGAUGGUAGACUGUGUACAAUAUCAUCCGAAAAUUCUUCACUCGCAAAUUUUGACGCUUUUCUAGGAACAAAGCUUCCUGAUGAAUGCAACAGCAUACAGAAUAUUCCCGAUGACGGAAGGUGUAUCCAUUCCAGGUCCUCCUUUGACCUCAAUUUUCCAUCUAGGAUGGCAGACUCAACCUUUAGCGAGGUGGUUUCAUCCCAGUUUGCACCUAUAACGCCAGAGAAGACCGCAAGAACUGAUGAAAGACCGGGGCUGGCCAUGCCAAAUUUAAGCAGAGAUGAGAUGCUCCGUACACAAGAUGUUCAGCAGAAGGAAAUUGCCUUCGAACUAGAGGGAUUUCUCCAAACGAAAGAACAGUCUCAGUUGGCUGUUGAUCAUGUAUGUGAAACCAUGUCCAGACAGUUGGAGGAGAAUCACAAGCCUGACAAGGGAGGCACUGACGACGUUGACUUGAGCAAAACACCACUGCUGAAACCAAGGAGAAAAAAGCACAGGCCAAAAGUGAUGAAAGAAGGCCAAUCUCAAAUAACUCCUAAACCAAGUGUUGGAAGGCCUUCUGAUCCCCAGGAAACCACAAGAGUAAAGAGAAAGUAUGUUCGGAGAAAAGGAGUUAAUAAUCCCACAACAGAUACUCCCCUCGAGAGGGAAAUAAAUGGUACUGAUAUAAACAAAAAUGCCCCGAGUUCCAAGGAAACCAUGACUGGUAAGAGGAAGUAUGUCAACAGAAAGGAAGUCAACAAACCCGCAGCAACUGGCCCGGACCAGGAAACCUGUGAAACAACUGAUCCAAAAACGGUUCAGCACACCAGAAAGACCUGCAGGAGAUCACUGAAUUUUGACGUUGAAGGCCAAGUAAGAGAUGAAAACUCACACCACCGUCCAUCUUCAAAUUUGGAAUCACAAGCACAGAACUUCAAUGGUAAAGAUAAAUCAGGAUCAACCAUUCAGUGCGUACAGGGGACGGAAGCUUCAAUGAAGAAGACUGAAGUGAACAUUGCUUAUGAUUUUACAUGCUCCAUGAAGCAGAUAAUGGAAGGUUACCUGUCAAAACCUGAAGGACAUUCUUCUAGCCCCUCACCUCAUUCCAAGACAGAUACACUACAUGAUAAAUCGACACUGACGGAUCAAAAAGCAUGUACAAGAGGAAAAUGUCAAAUAAUAUUUUCGGAUUUCAUUCACGAUGAAGAACGAAAUACUGUACAUGUUAUUAAGAAUUCCGAUGCUGGAUUGAUACAGAAGAGCCCGAGUGAUUCCGAUAGCAGCAGCACGGCAUGCUUGACAAAGGAAACACAAGAGAGAGGAUUAAAAAGCCAACAUAUGGGUACAACUGUUGAAGCAGAAUUUUGCAGGACAAAUUCAACUGGGACUUUACACAAUUCUUUGCAGGCAUACAGUGCUUUAUUUCCACAAUAUGCAUAUAACAAUGAUUGCACUUCUGGCGUGCAUUUUCCUGCAAUGUGCAGUACAAAGAGAAUUGAGAAAGGACACAAUUUAGUGACUUCCAGAAUGCUCUCCACAGUUAUUGCCUCAGAAAAUCAUGAAGUUGCAGCAGCUGAUGGUUCUCAGAAUGAACAAAAAAAUUUCAAAUUUCUGUCAGCUUUGGGAACUUCAGACAUAUUGGAAAAUAGAUCCAAAGGAACUGCUCCAAUAUGGAACUUGGAGUCACCCCUUGAAAUUUCUGAGCAAUUGCCAGCUUCUCCAUGCAGUGGAGUAACAACAUCGAAACCUGCACAAGGAUUUGAAAUUCUAAACCAACCACAUAAAAAGAGAUCCAGAGGCCCUGCUCAAGGUCCAAAAGCCCUUACUGCUGAUACCAGAGCAACAAUGAUGACAAAGAAGCGACCAAAGAAAAACUUUCUUAUCAAUUCAACAGUGCAAAACAUACAUAAUGACCACCAAUUAGUUGCCAGAUCGAUGGGUACUCCGCUGGCUAUAACAUGGAUGUGCAAGUCUCCAGUUGAUGCUAUCAUUGAGCAAUUCAACCAACUUGAUUUAAAUGCAAAGAGCAGCCAAGAGCAUAAUGCAUUUAUCUCUUACCAUAUGAAUUACCAAGAGCAACAUGCCCUAGUUCCAUAUCAAAGAAAUGGAGCUCUUAUCCCUUUUGAUAGCUCAUUUGAUCAGGUUAAAAGAAGUCGUCCACGGCCAAAAGUUGACCUUGAUGAUGAGACAAGCAGAGUGUGGAAACUUUUGUUAGAGAAUAUAAACAGUGAAGGAAUUGACGGCACAGAUGAAGAAAAGGAAAAAUGGUGGGAAGAAGAAAGAAGAAUGUUCCGUGGAAGAGCAGACUCAUUUAUUGCACGCAUGCAUCUUGUCCAAGGGGACAGGCGGUUUUCUCCAUGGAAGGGAUCCGUUUUAGACUCUGUAAUUGGUGUUUUUCUCACUCAGAAUGUUUCAGAUCACCUUUCUAGCUCUGCCUUCAUGUCACUUGCUGCCCGAUUCCGGUUCAAAUCAGAAAGCAACCAAGGACAAUCUUGUCAAGAGAAAGUAAACAUCCCAGUCAAAGAACCUGAAGUGCACAAUCUGGAUACUGAUGAUACAUUUGGAUGGACUGAAAGGUUAAAUAAGCUAACUUGUAGAGAAGAUUCUAAGAUGCUUCAAGUCUCUGACUACAAUGACAUUAGAGAAGUUGAGAGUGUCAAGUCCCCUGGAGAUAGCUUUAUUGUCAACAUACCAAAAGAUAACUUAAGCCGUCAAUUGUCAGCUGUCUCUAAAAAUAGUCCAGAUACAUCCCAUGAAUCUGCAGUGAACAAGUCAAUAGGUUUUAUUGGAGAUGAAAGGGACUUGGAUGAUACACUCUCUUCUCAAAAUUCUGUGAUUUACUCUAAAAAUUCUGCAGAUUCUAUAAUAACUCAAAGUGCAGAAAGAACUGAAUCUUGCUCACCGAGAACCUUAGAAGCAGAAACAGCAUCUGGAAGGAAACCAAAUAGUAUUUGUUUCUCUACUUCUAAUCUAAAGAUGUCACAGAUGUCAUGGACUAUACUAAAUGGAGCUCACAAUCAAGGGAAUGGAAACAAAUUGUGCAAUAGGGAUGGGCAAAUAGAACCAGAAAGUAUGGCCUCUGACUCACAAAAUAAAAAUGAGAGUCAGUCAUAUAUUACCUGCAGUGAGCCAGCUUUGAAUCUGAAACCCAGUUCAGGUGCACAAGUAGCAGAAUGCUUUGAUCUACCUCAAAAGAAUGGCAAAAGCUCAAAUAUUACCAAUGCUAAAGAACCUUGUGAUACUGAACUAAGUGGGUUGUCCGCAGAAUCUGCAACCAAAGCCACAACUCAGAAGUUCUUGGCUAUCAGUCGUGAAGUACCAAAAUCUGGCAGUGAAAAGGUACACUCAAGCAACAACUGUCAAAUUGACAUGUACCAAAAGAUAGCUGAAAAUCCUACAGGAAAACUGAAGUCACAGUUUCACUUUCAAGAAAAUAACUAUAAAAUGCAGGAAGUAUCAAACAUCACGACGUUUCCACAAAAUUUGACAGAUAUCACAGGUAGUAGCAACAUUGAUAAUUUAAGAAUUCCCGAGCACAAUGAGAUUGGCUCAAAUUUGAAAAUUCCGGGUAAAACAGCUAGUGAACCUAAAGCAAAAGAGGGAAGAAUUAGAAAAGAGAAACAGAAGCCAGUCGAUUGGGAUAGCUUAAGGAAACAGGCACAAGAAGGUGGCAGAAGAAGAGAAAGAACAGCCAACACAAUGGACUCGGUAGACUGGGAGGCAGUAAGAUGUGCAGAUGUUAAUGAGAUUGCAGAGACCAUCAAAGAAAGGGGAAUGAACAAUGUGCUGGCAGAGAGAAUCCAGGAAUUCCUCAAUCGCCUUGUUAGAGACCAUGGAAGCAUUGAUCUGGAAUGGCUAAGGGAUGUUCCACCGGACAAAGCGAAAGAGUAUCUGUUAAGCGUAAGGGGUUUGGGUUUGAAGAGUGUGGAGUGCGUACGGCUUCUGACACUGCAUCACCUUGCUUUUCCAGUUGACACGAACGUUGGGCGUAUAGCCGUACGAUUGGGAUGGGUACCUCUGCAACCAUUGCCCGAGUCACUUCAGCUGCAUCUUCUAGAACUGUACCCUGUAUUGGAGUCUAUUCAGAAAUAUAUGUGGCCACGACUCUGCAAGCUUGAUCAAAGAACACUGUAUGAGCUGCAUUACCAGAUGAUUACAUUUGGAAAGGUGUUCUGUACUAAGAGCAAACCAAACUGCAAUGCUUGUCCAAUGAGAGGAGAAUGCAGACAUUUUGCGAGUGCAUUUGCAAGCGCAAGGCUUGCUCUCCCAGGAACUGAGGAAAAAAGCAUUGUGAGUGCAACAGAAAACAAUGCAGCUGAACAGAAUCCAUUGAAAAUUAUCAAUCCUUUGCAUUUACCUUUACCUCAAGCUAAUCAAUUGGAAGGGAACACUGAAGCCAGCAACUCCGAACCCAUUAUUGAAGUUCCAUCUACACCAGAGCCUAUUAUUGAAGUGCCAGCAACUCCAGAACCGGACCAGACACAAGUUCCAGAAUGUGACAUUGAGGACGACAACUUCGAAGAUCCUGAUGAUAUUCCUACUAUUCAACUCAAUAUGAAAGAGUUCGCUCACAAUGUACAGGCAAUAAUGCAACUACAAGAGAGUGACAUGUCAAAGGCCUUGGUAGCUUUAACUCCAGAAGCAGCUUCAAUCCCAAUGCCUAAACUUAAGAAUGUGAGCCGACUCAGAACAGAGCACCAAGUCUAUGAACUUCCAGAUUCACAUCCUCUGCUACAACAGAUGGAUAAAAGAGAACCAGAUGAUCCCUGCUCGUACCUACUUGCAAUAUGGACUCCAGGUGAAACUGCAAACUCUAUUCAGCCACCAGAAAGACAGUGCAUCUCCCAAGAAUCUGGCAAACUGUGCACCAAUGAAACAUGUUUUUCGUGCAACAGUACACGUGAAGGGAACUCCCAAACUGUUAGAGGCACACUUCUGAUACCCUGCAGAACAGCUAUGCGAGGAAGCUUUCCACUCAAUGGUACAUAUUUUCAAGUUAACGAGGUGUUUGCUGACCAUGAAUCUAGCCUGAAACCUAUCAAUGUUCCAAGAGACUGGUUAUGGAAUUUGCCACGACGAACUGUGUACUUUGGAACGUCCAUACCCACAAUAUUUAAAGGUCUAUCAACAGAAGGGGUUCAGUGUUGUUUUUGGAGAGGCUUUGUCUGUGUAAGGGGAUUCGAUUGGAAGACUCGUGCACCACGUCCCCUCAUUGCUAGACUGCAUUUCCCAGCCAUUUCUACUGUUUCAUUGCUCACUUCCCCAACACCUAUCUCUGCUGGGCUAGUAGAAACUUCUACUGCCAUCAAGAUCAAUGAAACCGAAAAGAUGUGGCUUUAUCAAGAUCCUUUUGGAAAAGUACAAGGACCAUUUUCCAUACUGCAGUUGCGUAAAUGGAGCAAUACAGGGUACUUCCCCACAGAGCUAAGAAUUUGGAGAACUGCAGAAAAGCAAGAAGAUUCUAUACUUCUAACUGAUGCUUUGGCAGGGAAGUAUCGGAAAGAGUUACCGGAAGUUGGAAAUAAACUGCAUAAUUCACAUAUUUCGUCUGAUCAUUCUGCCAAGACUCUUGAAACUUCCUUACGCCUGGAUAUGAAGAGAUUGAAUGCUGAACAAAAGCCUGCUGUUGAGAGGUGA